AUGCCAAUACCACGCCGCCUUUUGCGUGGGGAGAUUACGUACUCCAGCGCAAAGUCCGAUGAAACCAACAUCCUCCAUAAACUGACGUAUUGGGACCAAAGAGCCAAGUUCUUCGAUCAUCUAUAUGAAAAUCGGAGCUUGAUUCAAGCAGUGGUUGCUCACCACCUUGGGUUAAGUGCAAAGGAGGCGUGUCAAGUUGCGGAACGGGACGAGUGGUUGAAUGGGAGCUUCAAUCUUUGUAUUCCUAUCACCAUUGACGGCUGGAAAUCUCAUUCCAGUAAACGUGUUAUAUUCCGACUUCCCCUCCCGUAUCGGGUUGGUGAACUCUUUCGGCCGGGCAAUGCAGAUGAGAAGCUUCGAUGUGAGGCUGGAACCUACGCAUGGCUUCAAGAACAUUGCCCAACUGUGCCUAUACCUCGCCUAUAUGGGUUUGGGCUAUCAACCGGCCAGACUUUUACGGCUCUUGAAAACCUUCCUUUUGGCACUCGCUGUAUACAAUAUCUCCGCCGCAGGAUGUUAGCAUGGCUCGGAUAUCCGGUCCCUUCUCACUAUGUCCGGCACCAUAGCCGAUGCCAAAGUUUAGGUACCUUGGGUACUGGCUAUCUAAUAAUUGAUUAUAUUGAGGAGACGCAAGGCGUGAUGCUCUCAGACACGUGGGACGAGAGGCGCAAUGAUGUAGCGCUACGGAAGAACCUGUUUCGAGAUCUCUGCCGGGUACUACUCAACCUUGCCCGAGUGCCUUUACCCCGGAUUGGCUCUUUCAUUAUUGAUGACAAUGGAUUGUUGAGCCUGGCAAACAGGCCUCUCUCUCUAGAGAUUCAAGACCUGGAAAAUGAGCACAUACCAGUGGAUAUUCCUCGAGACUUUACCUACUCUACUGUGGACUCCUAUGUUGUCGAUACGCUUGCUUUUCAUGACAGUCGUCUACGUCAUCAGCCAAAUGCCAUUAGCAAUAUGGAAGACUGCAUAUACCAGAUGUCAGCCUUGACUAUGAUGAAGACAGUCUCCUCUUUGUUUUUGCAGCGCGACCUCCGCCGUGGGCCUUUUGUUUUUACCCUCACCGAUCUACACCAGAGCAAUAUUUUUGUUGAUAAGGAUUGGAAUAUCAGAUGUCUAAUCGAUCUUGAAUGGGCGUGCUCACGUCCGAUUGAGAUGCUACAUCCUCCUCGUUGGCUAACAAAUCAAGCCGUGGAUAUGAUCGAUGUGGUCGAAUAUGACAAAAUUCGGCACGAAUUCAUGGACAUCCUGGAAGAAGUAGAGCAGGACUUUUGCGCUGGAGGUCACGAAAUCACAAGACUGUCACCGCUUAUGAAACAAGGGUGGGAAAUGGGGACGUUCUGGUAUUCCCUAGCUCUCCGCAGCCCAACAGGUCUCUUUAGAGUGUUCUACGAUCACAUCCAGCCAAGCCUAGCAAAGGGGCAUGAAGAUGACAGUUCAUUCUACCAAAUCGUGAUGUAUUAUUGGACAAAGAACACGAGUACGUUUGUUUCGGAGAAGACGAAAGACAAGGAGGACUAUGACUUGCGGCUCCGAGAAGCAUUUAAAGCUUGA